AGGUAUUUCCUUCUCCUGGCCUCCAUAUGUGGAUGACACUUUGUUCUGUUCAGCCUAUUUAGAAGUUGACUUAAAUGCAGACUCUUAGUCCGGUGCAAAGCUGAUGGGUGGGAGCAAAGGUAAAGAAUGAUGUAAUGCAGUGGCAGCCAGAAAGCAUCUUUUGUUUGAAUUGUGAAAUGGCCACUCCAUAGUCAUCUCCUGAUGAAUCAGAUGUGAGGCGCUGCUUUGUGGAGCAAACCCUUUGUAACGGCACAUGGACUGGAAGCAGGAGGAGACAUUCAACUGAAGAGCUCUUUCUGAAAAUGGGCUUAACUUUUCUUUUGCCAGUCACUACCAGCAUGACCUCAUACACUUCUCGUACAAUGGUGUGGCUAAGCCUUUGAGUACACAGCCAUUACAUCAUCGCAGCAAAUUAGAGAGGGAGGGGGCAAAAGAAGCCUCAUUGUUGUCAUGGCCGAUGAGAUGAUCAGGACGCAGCUCAUUGUUGCUGAGAAGUUGGUGGCUUUGCUGGAGAGCGGUACAGAAAAAUUUCUCCUCAUCGAUAGCCGCCCCUUUGUGGAAUACAAUACGUCCCACAUCUUGGAUGCCAUCAACAUCAACUGCUCCAAGCUGAUGAAGCGGAGGCUGCAGCAGGACAAAGUUUUGAUUACAGAGCUCAUUCAGCAUUCAGCGAAACACAAGAUUGAAAUUGAUUGCAAGCAGGAAGUGGUGGUGUAUGACCAAAGCUCUAAAGAUGUGACCUCUCUCUCACCUGACUGCUUUCUUACUGUGCUUCUGGGCAAACUGGAGAAGAAUUUCAGCUCUGUGUAUCUGCUUUCAGGUGGUUUUGCUGAGUUCUCCAGUUCGUUCCCUGGUCUCUGUGAAGGAAAAUCCACCCUCGUCCCUACUUGCAUUUCUCAGCCAUGCCUACCUGUCUCCAACAUUGGACCAACGCGAAUUCUGCCUCAUCUCUACCUUGGGUGUCAGCGAGAUGUCCUCAACAAGGAGCUGAUGCAGCAGAAUGAUAUUGGCUACGUACUGAACGCCAGCAAUACUUGUCCAAAGCCUGAUUUUAUUCCGGAGUCCCAUUUCCUGAGAGUGCCUGUGAAUGACAGCUUUUGUGAGAAAAUUUUGCCUUGGUUGGAUAAGUCAGUAGAUUUUAUAGAAAAAGCAAAAGCAUCGAAUGGACGUGUGUUAGUGCACUGUUUGGCUGGAAUAUCGCGCUCUGCCACAAUUGCUAUCGCAUAUAUCAUGAAGAGAAUGGAUAUGUCCUUAGAUGAAGCUUACAGAUUUGUGAAAGAAAAAAGGCCAACCAUUUCUCCUAACUUCAACUUUUUGGGCCAACUUUUGGACUUUGAGAAAAAGAUUAAGGGCCCGAGCGGUCAGCCUGGGCAUAUUAGCAAGCUGAAACUUCUGCACUUGGAAAAAGGCAGCGAGCACGUCCUGGUGCCAGAAGGUGGGCAGAGCAGCCUCCCCAGCGGCCAGCUCUGCUUUACCUCUACCUCUGAGACUGUGGAGCAGAAGUCAGCGGGCUCCGGGAGCGUGCCGGGCACAUGCCUGACGUCCUUGGAAGACACCCCGCUGCUGCAGGGCAUAAACGGACUCCAUGUGUCCCUAGAUAAGGUAGAGGACAGCAACCGGCUGAAGCGCUCCUUUUCUUUGGAUAUCAAAUCGGUGUCCUACUCAGCAAGCAGCAACUGUGUGACUGCAUCCGUUCAGGGCUUUGCCUCCUCCGAAGACACCCUGGAGUACUACAAGCACACGACUGCUUUAGAUGGUGGUAGCAAGCUGUGCCAGUUCUCCCCUGUCCAGGAGGUCUCGGAGCAGACACCAGAAAGCAGCCCCGAUAAAGAAGACGCAAACCCCCGCAAGGAGCCACCGAGCCCCUGGCAGCCGGACAGCCAGAGCAAGCGGCCGCACCUGGGCAGGGCCGGCAGCGGUGCCGCACAGCGGCCGCUCCUCUACCCCCUGCACCGGAGCGGCAGCGUGGAAGACAACCACCGAACAAACUUCCUCUUCGGGCUCUCCACGAGUCAGCAGCACCUGGCCAAGUCCGCGGCAGGGCUGGGCCUCAAGGGCUGGCACUCGGACAUCUUGGCUCCUCAGACCUCCGCCGCUUCCCUCACCAACAGCUGGUAUUUUGCGACAGAGUCCUCGCACUUCUACUCUGCCUCUGCCAUCUAUGGGAGCAGCGCCGCUUACUCAGCUUACAGCUGCAGCCAGCUGCCCACGGGCGGCGAGCAAGGCUCUGCUGUGCGCCGGAGGCCCAAGCAGGGCGAUCGAGGUGACUCCAGGCGGAGCUGGCACGAGGAAAGCUCCUUUGAAAAGCAGUUUAAGCGCAGGAGCUGCCAGAUGGAGUUUGGGGAGGGCAUCAUGUCAGACAACAGAUCCAGAGAGGAACUGGGGAAAGUAGGCAGUCAGUCGAGCUUUUCGGGCAGCAUGGAAAUUAUCGAAGUAUCUUGAAGUGACAGACUUGUG